CCACCAGUCCCGGGCCCUCGUACACCCGCGCGGGAUCGCUCGCCCCCCAGUACUUCAAACUCAGCCCGUCCGACCGCUCUGCUCCUACUGUGCCGCGCCCGCCUCGCCCUUUUAAGCAGCCGAGCCCCGCACGGCUCUUUUCAGAGGGUCACUGACGUACAGUGUGGAAUUCCUGCUAACGUAGUUAUGAUUAUACAAAGAGUGGUGUUGAACUCACGUCCUGGUAAAAAUGGUGUGCCAGUGGCAGAAAACUUCCGAAUGGAAGCGGUCCCCCUACCAGAUAAAAUCACAGAUGGACAGGUACGAGCUCGAACCCUCUACCUCUCUGUGGACCCUUACAUGCGCUGCCGCAUGAAUGAAGACACAGGUUCUGAUUACCUCCUACCCUGGCAGUUGUCUGAGGUGGCUGAUGGUGGGGGCAUUGGGAUUGUGGAGGAAAGCAAACAUGCUAACUUUGCUAAAGGGGAUAUUGUAACUUCUUUCAACUGGCCCUGGCAGACAAAGGUCAUUCUAGAUGGAAGACUCCUCCAAAAGCUAGAUCCACAACUGGUUGAUGGACACCUCUCCUACUUUCUUGGUGCAGUUGGCAUUACUGGGCUGACCUCCUUUCUAGGAAUAAAAGAGAAAGGACAUGUGACUCUGGGUGCCAAUCAGACAAUGGUUGUCAGUGGGGCUGCUGGUGCCUGUGGUUCUGUGGCUGGUCAGAUAGGCCGCCUAGAGGGCUGCUCUAGAGUGGUAGGAAUCUGUGGUACAGAUGAGAAGUGCUCCAUUUUGGUCUCAGAAAUGGGGUUUGAUGCGGCUAUCAAUUACAAGAAGGGGAAUGUGGCAGAGCAGCUGCAUGAACUCUGCCCAGCUGGCGUGGAUGUUUAUUUUGAUAAUGUUGGUGGAGACAUCAGUGAUGCAGUUAUAAAUCAGAUGAAUCAGAACAGCCAUAUCAUCCUAUGUGGACAGAUUUCCCAGUAUAAUAAAGAUGUACCUUAUCCUCCCCCACUGCCUCCUGCAGUAGAAGAAAUACGGAAAGCAAGGAAUAUCACAAGGGAGAGGUUUCUGGUAUUAAACUAUAUGGACAAACACGAAGCUAGUAUUCUACAGCUCUGUCAGUGGAUCAAAGAGGGGAAAUUGAAGGUCAAAGAGACUGUGGUAAAAGGCCUGGAAAACAUUGGGGGGGCUUUCCAGUCCAUGAUGACCGGAGGCAACAUUGGAAAACAGAUAGUGUUAAUUUCUGAAUAAAAAUCUUUGCCUCUUCAUGUGAGGGUGGCCCAACAGGAAAAAUAAACUUGACUCUUUAUUUUGACUGCUGAACAAGCAUUAUUUUAUUUAAAUUAAUCUUCCCUUUUGUUACAGCAGGCACCAACAACUAAAAAAACCCUAAACUUCGAUAGCAGAGAUUUUUGGACACGAGUACAUUUUAAAAACUCUUCCACUGAGAAACUGAAAUUUGUAUCUGAAGUCAGGCUGUAUAGUACCUGAAAUACUUCCUUUUCAUAGCCUGAAACACUCUUCCGCUGAUCCAUUUAGUCUAUUUCCUUACAUGGUGGCGUUUUACAUCAUGCCUACAAGUCAAGACAAUAGAGCAUUAUUAUAUGAAUCCUACUUUAUUCACACAAAGUGCUGGCCUCCAGUUUGUACACCAUUGUGAGUUUCAUCAGGGAUAAAUGCAGCUUUAGAUUUAACCUUAUGCUUAAUCUUCAACUUCUAUUUGCUUUUCAGGAUUAAAAGAGGAAAAAAAUAAAAGGCUUUGUAUCAGA